AUGCUUUGUGAAACAGGAAAUCAACAUUUACUCGUUCCCGAAUUUUCAAAUUCGAAAAUUUCUAAAAGUCCAAGUCUAAGAAGUUUAAGUCCUUUAGGUCAUUAUAUUCCUCAACGAGAAAAUCCUACAAGAAAAGUAGUAGAUGAUCUACUCGAAAUUUUUCUUGAUGAAAAAUCUAAAUGUACACUAUAUAACGAUAUUACAGAAAUUUUAAGAGAUGCGAUAUAUGAUAAAAAUGAUAAUGAAUAUCAUAUAUAUCAAUGGUUAUGGGAUAAUCAAAAUACGCUUAAAUAUAAAACCCUUUUAGGAUUUUUUUUAUUAAAUGGAAUUGGAUGUGAUAUCAAUAAUAAUAAAGCAUUCAGCCUUUUUAUGAAUGCUGCAAAAAAGGAUUAUUUAGUAGGAAAAGAGAUGAUAAGUGAUUGUUAUUUAAAUGGGUGGGGAACAACAAAAAAUGAAGAAUUGGCAUUUCAAUGGUACAAAAAAUGUGCUGAUAAUGGUAGUACAUAUGGAUAUCUUGCGCUUGGAUUUUGUUAUGAAGAUGGUAAAGGAAUUAAAAAAAAUGAAAAGGAAGCAUUUGAAUGUUUUCUUACAGCAGCAAAAUCAGAAAGUAUUUGGGCAAUAAUUCAAUUGGUGAAAAGAUAUAUUCAAGGAAAAGGAACGAACAAGAAUAUUGAGAAAGCAAAUUAUUGGUAUAAGAAAGCAUAUGAUAUUGGAAAUGAUCAAAUUAAAAAUAUUUUAAAUUAUUUGUAUAAUUGGUAUAAAGAACUUAAAGCAGGAAAUACUGCUAAAGAAAGAUGUUACGAAGAAUUGGCGAAACAACUUUAUACUAGAGAACAAAUUAUCAAACAAUUUGAUAUUAAUGUGAGGAAUAUAUCCAAAAUACAACAUAAAAAUUCUGGUCCAUAUAUGAAAUGUUCACUUAAUGAGGGAGAUUUAUGUUAUGAAAUUGAACAUACCAAUGAUUUUUUAUCUGAAGGAUGUGAAUAUCAUAAUAAAAGUGUUAUAUUAUCGUGGAUGGAAGUUGGAUUAUAUGGAUUAUAUGUAUUAAUAGUAGAGGAAAUUAUCGGGCAAUAA